UGUCGUUGUCCUUAUAAAAGGUCUUCGCGUGCCGGCUUUUCAGAAACAGCAAAAAUAAAAAAAAAUAGCAUGGAGACCGUGCUGGAUCCGUUUUCGGGCUUGGACACUUUCUCCUCGGCGUAUUUCGACGACGAUGAUUUCUUCACCGAGCGAUGCUCGCGCGAGCACAUGGACGCGGACGACUUCUUGGAUGACGACGUCGACUUCCUCGCGAGCCAGAUCCAAGAGUACUACGAGGACUGCCGUGCGCGCGAUGAAGACUACAACUGCGACGUGGGUCGCUUCUCGUCUUCUUCUUCCACUUCUUCUUCUUCCUCGUCGUACGGUGUGUCCGGGUUUUCCCCGCGGCGCGGUGACGGUGCGCUGCAGCUGAAGAGGCGCAGGAGAGCGCGCUCAGAGCAGGAAAUGCAGCAGCUGCGCCAGGCCGCCAACGUGCGUGAACGCAGACGCAUGCAGUCCAUCAACGACGCGUUUGAAGGUCUGCGCUCGCACAUCCCCACCCUGCCUUACGAGAAACGCCUUUCCAAAGUGGACACGCUGCGCCUCGCCAUCGGCUACAUCAACUUCCUGGCUGAACUGGUGCAGUCCGACGCGCCAAUCCGGAACUCCAACCACGAAGCUCUAAACCAACCCAAAAAAGUCAUCAUCUGCCACAGAGGAACAAGAUCUCCUUCCCCUGAUGACCCAGAUUACGGCCUGCCCCCUCUGGCUGGUCACUCUUUGUCCUGGACAGAUGAGAAGCAGCUCCGGGAGCAGAACAUCAUCCGCAGGGCGAAAGUUUGGACCCCAGAGGACCCCCGCAAAGUGCACUUCAAAUCCGCGCUCACCAACAUCGAGAACGAGCCUCCGUUUGAGCUGGUCGCGUGA